AGUGCGCACCGUUAUUAUAAAUAUUUUGCAAAAAUUCCUAUAAUCAAAAUUCAGAAAAUUAAAAUUAAGGUAGUAAUAAAAAUUUAGGUUUGAUUGACGAGGUCACGGGUUUGAUCUAUUAAAUAUCUGAUUUAAUAUCAAAAUAAAUAAAAUGAAAAAAUGAGCAAAAUUAUGUGCGUGCAAGGAUAGAACAAUUAAUACGAAAUUGACACAUUUUUAUAAAGGGCCCUGCUGAUCCGUAAUAAACCAAAAUUUUGAAUCUAAAGGGUUUUUGGAAUCACUUUUUUGCUGCAUGUUUAGUAAAUUCAAAAAUAAUUUGUUUCACAUUAUCUUAAAUGUUUGGCGACACGCACGCACUGGCUCGGGAAGGUCAAACCAGCAGUCGCAUUUUCCGUGGAUUGUCUGGUCUGCGCAGGUGAUUUCGAAUCGACUGCAUGACUUAAAAGAGACUUUAUGGGAUUUUUUGCCUAAAAAAUAAAAUACCUAUCUAUUAUCUUCAUAUUAUUAAAAAAAACUAAGUUUUGUUAUUUUCCUAUUCGGAUAAUUUGAUGAUUUUUUAUUACUAACGCAGAAAAAAUAUGAACCCUCAUCUAUAAAGAGAAAGUCAUCAGUUUCUGUUUUUCACUUUUGUAAUGGCUGAUGGCCUAUUAUGAUCUAUGGGACUUGAUGAAAAUGUGAGCUAUGAACAAGAAUUAUUAAGCAACAUCCAGAAUCCACAUUUUUCACUAAAAUUUAAGCAAUGAAAAAUAUCCACAUUUUUUCGAAUAUAAAAUUCUAAAAAGAUCCGAAAACUCGCAAAAAGAAUUCUGUAGAUAAAUCCAAAGUUGUGGACGCGUCCACUAUUUUUAAAAAUGGAAAAAAUCGUUUCUGUGGAUAUGUGGACGCAUCCACAAAUAUUUGAGUAGCACUUUUUGCAACUUAAUAAAGUGAGAGUUGCUGAUAACUGACAUUGAAAAAAUAUAAUGCGCUUGCUGCAGUGGUGACUAAAUAUAUGCACACGCCAUAUAGUGGUAGCCACAUAAUUGUUAUCUUUGAAUACAACGCGAAUAUAAUACAUAUUAACCUCUAAAUUAAUUAAAAUAUAUAUUAUUCAUGAGAGCUGAAUAGAAAUUGCGACCGGAGGUGAUUAGCAUGCGCAUCACGCGUUUGAUUUGCUACACAAACGACCCUCAUGCGAAACAGUUAAAAAGCCUUUAAAUUUGCAAAACGGCAUUAGUCACGAUCUCUUAGUCUGUGCUGCGAAACGAGUGUGAAAUGAAGCUACCUAUAAUUAUUUUGGUUAACGCUGUUUUGUAUGGAGCCACAGCGUCGCCGAAACAAGAGGCCACUCAGCGAAAAACGCCAUAUUUUGAAAAACCGCGAGACCCACCACAAAGCAUGGAAUACGAACCACCAAGGAGAGAUCCGUCCAAAGAAGUCAAUGGACGCAGACCAAUUGACGAAGACAAGACAGUUAGGCAGCUGAUAUUUCCAGGGACAAAGUGGUGUGGACAAGGGAAUAUUGCCACAAGUUAUGCCGAUCUAGGAUACUACCAAGAAACUGAUAUGUGCUGCAGAGAGCAUGAUUACUGUCCAGAUUUUAUUCCGGCUGGGAAAACCAAGUAUGGACUGAAAAAUACUGCGCCAUACACAAGGGUUCAUUGUGCCUGCGACACGAAAUUUAAGAAGUGUUUGGAGAAAGAUAACACUGACGCCUCACAUGAAGUGGGUCAUCUUUAUUUCAACUUGUUUGGAAGCCAAUGUUUCAGGCGAGACUACCCGAUAGUUCAGUGCAAUCAAUAUACAAAGAUUCCUCCAAGGAGAUGUUUGGAUUAUCAACUUGACACGACUAAAGAGCAGAAGUGGCAAUUUUUUGACAACCAAUAUUAUGGUUCUCAACUUCAGAUAUAAAGUUCAAAAUCUACUCUUCGAGCGGAGUAAAAGUUGCUACCACUGCCAACUUUUCUGACACACACUGUGUCCUUGAAGUAGCCUUCUUCCACCCAAGAUUGCAUCUGCUCUGAUGUAUGUGGCCCAUGGAUUUCUUCACUGCUCUCUGUCCAUUUAAACUCCCAUUCAACCACUGCAAUUUCGAAUAAAAUUAAAUACAACAAA